AUGGCAAAUUCAAUCGUACCAAUUUUAGAAAGACAACAAAUUCUUCAAAAUUUAAUUGAGGAACAUGUCAUGACUCAUUUAGAUAAUUAUCUCUUACUUCGACCUUCAACAAAUUACAACAACAAUAAUAAUAAUUAUAUAAAUCCAUCAAACCUUAUAAAUUUCAAUAACAAUUAUAUAAAUCCUUCAAAUAAUAUUUUAUAUGUUGAUAAUAAUUCAAAUUUAGUAAAUUUUAAUAAUUUCAACAAUUCCUCAAAUCUUAUAAAUUUCAACAACAAUAAUCGUAUAAUUCCUUGUAUAAAUCCUUCAAAUAAUAAUAAUAAUAUUUCAAAUGUUGUAUAUUUCGAUAAUCUCUCACAAGAAUGUCCAUCACCGAAACGAGUAUUAAAUCAAAAAUUAUCUGAAUUAAUAGAUCAAGAAGAAUCAUUUACGCGAGAUAUGAAUAUAACAGAAAUUGAUAUAUCAAUGAUUUCAAUUAGUCGAGAAAUAUUUAAUCCCGACACGAUACAUCAUUUCACUGAUACCUUAAGUAUAAGUUUAGACAUUAUAAUAUUAUGUGAUUAUAUAAAGAAAUUACCUCAAUCUAAGGAUUAUAGAAUUGAACGGGUUAAAGAAUUUAAAAUGGCAGUCGGGUACUUUUGGGCUAAAAAAUAUGAGAUCAUAAAUCCUGAUGCGAAAGACUUUACUUGGAUUUUACAAAAAUCCAAAAUUCCAAUUCCUAAGGAAUUAAGUCAAUUUUCAUUUACAAUUUAUAAUCGAGAAGAAAGUACUCUUAGUAAUCUUUCUGAUGACUUUUCACCUCCAACAAAUAAUCAUCAAAUUAUUGCUUUAGCUAAUUUAAAACCAUGUUCUAGUUCUAAAGAAGAUGAAAUAGAUAGUUAUUUAUAUCAAACAGUUGGACAUGAAGCAAUUAAAUAUUAUUCAGAAUGUAUGAAUUUACCUUUAUAUCGACAAGAAAUAUCUGGAAAUUCAUUGAUUCAAACUUCCGAUUAUAAAGAGACAUCAGGUGAUGAAACUGAAGAUUUAUUUAAUUUGUUAAAAAAUGUUAAGGAAAAUCAUCCUGAAAUAAAAGGAGUUUCUGUUGGAGCUAUAUUAUCAAAUUAUCAACGCAUUCGUGUGGAACAUGUUUGUAAUCGUCUUGGACUUGUUUCACUUGCUUAUCUUUGGAGAAGAAAUCAAAAAGAAUUAUUAAGUGAAAUGAUAAAUUCUGGAAUUAAUGCUAUAUUGAUUAAAAUUGCUGCCAUUGGUCUUGAAAUAAAACAUUUAGGAAAAUCAAUUGAAGAAAUAAAAGAAACUGAAACUAUAAUACAUUCUGAUGAUGCAUUUGCCAAAGUAGCUUAUCUUCAUUUAAAGAAAUUGAUGUUAGAAGAUAAACCAAAGAAUGAAAUUAUAAUGAUGAAUAAUCCUAUUAAUAUUAAUAUGAUUAAAAUACCAUCAUGGGAAGAUGAUGUUAAAGAUUUUAUUGAUGCAGGAAAAAAUUGGAUAAAUGAAAAUGAAUUUAAAAGUUCUAUAUUUCCAAUUAUAAUUGAUUAUUUUCCAAAAGAAGAAAAAAUUUUUAAUGAUAAUUAUAUGAUUUAUUCCAAUCCACCUUACUUUAGUAUUUCUGGAAUAACUGCAUAUUAUAAAGAUUAUUCCCAAGAACAACAAUUACCUUUUGAUUCAAUUGAAGAAGAAACUAAUAUGUGCAUGUUAAACAUUCAAGAUUGGUCAGAUGUAAUGAAUAUGAAUGUAUUUAUAAAGAAUAUGAAUGAUUUUGUAAAGAUGAAUAAUGUUUAUAAAACAUUUUUUGAUAUCAAUCCACCUGCUAGAGCAUGUGUUGGAAGUAAUUUACCAUCACCUAUAAGAAUUCAAAUUGAUUUAAUUGCCAUAAAAUCUUCUUCAUUAUUAUUAUUACCUUUGGAUGAUGAUAAUAAUGAAAAUAAAGGAAUUAUAAAAAAAAAUAAUUUUAACAAACCAAUGGAAACUAUGCAUGUUCAAAGUAUAUCAUAUUGGGCACCUGCAAAUAUUGGACCUUAUUCUCAAACUAAAAUUGUAAUUCUUUAUAUUGCUGUACCUGCACUUCCUAAAUGGGGUAAAAUAGAAUGGCAAGUUUUAAUUCAUGAUUGUAAAAACAAUGAUUGUGAUAAUAAGGAUAAUAUUUCUAAAGAACCUUUAAUUUAUGAAGGUAUAAAAUCGAUUAUAAAAAUGGAAUUCCAACCAUCAUCACCAAAAUUUUCCAUAACUUUAAUACCGGUUUUAUCAAUUAUUGAUAAUAAUGCAUUAGGAAUUUGUGUACAUGGAAUUUUUCAUUAA